AUGUCCGACGACGAUUUCAUGCAGGCCUCUGACGAGGAGGAGUACGACUUUGAGUACGAAGACGACGAAGACGAGCUGGAUGCUGGCGAGGUGACGAUCGAGAACAAGUACUACAAUGCGAAGCAGACCAAGUUGACGGAUCCAAGCGAGGCCAUUGUGGAGUUCCUGGGAAUCCCGGCGCUGGAACCGCAAAAGGCCGACUGGGGCUUCAAGGGACUGAAGCAGGCCAUCAAGCUGGAGUUCAAGCUAGGGCAAUACGAAGCAGCUGUCGAACACUACAAAGAACUGCUCACGUACGUCAAGUCGGCAGUGACACGCAACUACUCGGAAAAGUCGAUCAACAACAUGCUCGACUUUGUGGAGAAGAACUCGGCCGGCAGCGAGCAGGCAGGGCCGUUUUUGGGGGGCUUCUACGACCUCACGCUAGCGUGCUUCCAGAGCACGAACAACGAGCGGCUGUGGCUCAAGACGAGCGUCAAGCAGGCCAAGCUGCUGCUGGACCGGCACCAAUACGUCGACGUGGUGCGCAAGCUGCGCGAACUGCACCGGGCCUGCCAGCGGGCAGACGGGACGGACGACGCGAGCAAGGGCACGUACCUGUUGGAGAUCUACGCGCUGGAGAUUCAGAUGUAUGCGGAGCGCAAGAAUAACAAGCAGCUCAAGCAGCUCUACCAGCGGGCCCUCCGGGUACGAUCAGCCGUGCCGCACCCCAAGAUCAUGGGCAUCAUUCGCGAAUGCGGCGGCAAGAUGCACAUGAGCGAGGAGAACUGGAAGGACGCACAGGGCGACUUCUUCGAGUCGUUUCGCAACUACGACGAGGCCGGCUCGCUGCAGCGCAUCCAGGUGCUCAAGUACCUGCUGCUGACCACAAUGUUGAUGCGGUCCGACAUCAACCCGUUCGACUCGCAGGAGACGAAGCCGUACCGCAACGAUCCGCGCAUCGCCGCCAUGACUGAGCUGGUCGAGGCCUACCAGCACGACGACAUCCGUCGCUACGAAGACGUCCUGCACCGCCACCCGGACCUGCUGCAGGAUUCCUUCAUCGCCGAGAACAUUGACGAGGUCACCCGCACCAUGCGGACCAAGGCUGUCCUGCGCCUCAUCGCCCCCUACACCCGUCUCCGGACGGCCUGGAUCGCCGACCAGAUCCGCAUCAGCGACGCUGAGGUCCACGAUAUUCUCGGUUACCUCAUCGUUGACGGGCGCAUCGCUGGCACCAUCGACCAGCAGGCCGGCGUCCUCGAGCUGCAGUCGGCCGUCGAUGCCGACCGCGUCGAGGCUGUCUCUGAGCUCACCGACGCCGUCAUGGGCCUCGCCCGUGCCGUAUUCAGCAACACUGCCACCCAGCUGCGUCCGGGCGCCGCCUCGGCCGACGGCACCAACGCCGGCUCUGGCCCGCCAGACCCGUUUUCCAGCGCCCCGGCGUCACCCUUUUCCGUCCGCCACAGCGGGCGCCAUCCGCGCUCCGGAGCAAAGGGCCUGGCCGGCAGCCGUCGAUCAAAGCAGGGGUGA